AUGCAAGCCGCGUCGAGGUAUAUAGCUCCGGUUAAAAUCCCAGAGGUCGGGCUCGGAUUGUGCCCUAAACUUCACUACGCCCUAUUCUUGGCACAACGCAAAACCGAACUGCCGAAAUCCGCGACCGAGAGACGCCCGGUCCCGGACCCGCCGGGCGUUGGGGUGAGAGACUUUCGGGCAGAGAUUGGGACUGGAGAAAGGUGGGGCGCACUGAUACACGCUGCAGAGAUCAGUAGGCAAGAAUUACCGGUGAAUGUACUGUAUUCCUGA